UUUACCCAGGCUCUAGGACUUGACUUCGAGCUGCCUGGCGCAAGAGUUUCCAGCGUUAGAGAGGCAGGGAAUGAACCUGCAGAGGGGCUCAACGCCUGCAGGGAACGAUGCCAGGAGGGGCGAAGAGGAGCUGCAGCUGGGCAGUACGUGCAGAACAAGCCCCAGAGCUGUGCCCGACCUGGGCACCCUCUCCUCUAGCACGCAAGUAAAGCUUAGGGGUGAAGCUUCCCUUCUAAAACGGCUUUUUACCCAUCUUUACAAGAACCUCCUUACAGCGUACAGCAGCAGGCGGCAAACUUUUGACGUCUGGGAAAGAUCUGGUGAUAUGCAAGUAUAUACCUGUUCUAGCAACAAUCUGUGUUUUUAGAGCCGAGAAGGAACCAGGUCCUACCCUGAGCUGAGGGCCCUCGUGCACAAAACCACCUAAGAGAAUAAACCUGUUGUGGGGUAAUGCCUUCAGCACCACACGGCGCAAACGCCCAGCAAAGGACUUAAUUACCACGUACAAAGGCGCUUUGGUCAGGGCUGUGCGUUCGGCUCCUCCGACUGUCAGCGAGCAGCUAUGCGGCAGAACAGGAUGUCGGAUUAAGGAGUCUCCAGCGAAACCCGGGGUUGAGGACAUCAGAGGACACCAGCCAAGCUGGGAACCGGGAUAUUGCCCCCCACACUGGACGCCGCGGCAGCCUGUGAUAUGCCUAAGAAGGAGCUGGGGAUGGCUGGCUGCAACUCUGGCAGCUGCGACAGCAUGGUCAGCACAGCCUCCAACCACUCGCAGUGUAGUGAUAACAGUUACGACUACUUAUCUGUGGAAGAGAAAGAAUGUUUGAUGUUCUUAGAAGAAACUAUUGGCUCACUGGAUGCAGAAGCAGACAGUGGGGUCUCUACCGAUGAGACUGACUACGUGGAGCCCUCCAAGUUGCCCAGGACAUGGUCUAAGACAGACUCCGUUCCCCAGGAUUUGGAGAACGGGGCUCCCCCUCCGAGCGCAGGUCAGCAGCGUGCAGCUGAACAGAAGAGUGGUAAGAGCAUCUCUGCCUUCUCAAACUCGGCUCUAGCAGCAGUUCCAAGCUCAGGCUAUUACAGUCUUCCAAGGAGCAUCACGGUAGCAAAUGGAGCUUCUGACAGCAAAGUGACUGUAGGCAGAGUGGAGGACCCAGUGCCAGUAGAUAAACCUUCACAGGACAUGGCCAAGGAGGACAGGCUUGACCAAGCCAACACAAGAAGCCACAUGAAGUCCCUGGGAUCUUUGAUUAUCCAGCCUUCAGAUCCCUUCCAGGAUAACCUGGUGAGCCACGAGUGGUCACGUAACAAUCACUCAGAUGCCAAGAGGGAAACAGCCAAGGAGACCAAGACUUGGACUCCAUGGGGCCAGCCAGAGAAAUCCACAUUAGAAGAGGCCCCUCAGGACCCCGAUGCCAAGCGUGGGCCUCCAACUGCCCCCAAACCACGAAAACUGCCACCGAAUAUUAUCCUGAAAACCAGCAAAAACAGCCCAGUGCCACUCACCACGGAGCCCAGCCAGAAGGUAAAAGCACUGCCUCUGUCCUCAGCUGGCUCUCAGCCCGGCUCUGCCAACGACGCUGCUGCCGAAAAGGUGAAUUCAGGGCACCUUGACCCCAAGGAGAAGGAGAAAGCCCGGCGGGAGGCAUUGGAGAAGCUUGGACUGUCACAGGACAGGAGGGACCCCAGCGCUCAUCUUCAACCUACCAUGCAUUCCCAACCAAGGGACAUGCCAUUCCCCGUCCCUGGAGAGCCCAAGGCACAAAGUGAGGCAGCGGAGAGGUCGGUGCCGGGUGUCCGGCAGAUGACCUUCAAAUCCAACACCCUGGAGCGCUCCGGCGUGGGGCUGAGCAGCUACAUGGCCAGCACCAAGGAGCAGAGCGUCAAGACCAGCAGCUCCUUGGGCAAGAUGUCCUUCAUCGAGCGUCUCGCCCCGAGCUUCCUCCGGAGCAGCCGUCCCCGGCCGGUAUCCCUCGGGGCAGGGAAGGACUUUGCUGGUCUGAAGGAGCCCGGGCAGGUGGAGCAGGAGAAGAGCAGCAAGCGGCGAUCCCACCCGCUGCAGAGCUUCCCCAGGCCAUCCCGCUCCUGCAUCAGCGUGAAGAUUUCCCCCAAGGGUGCGACCGAUGAGAACCGGCGAGAGGCACUGAAGAAGCUCGGUCUGCUGAAGGAAUAGCUCUGCGGGCAGUGGGGCUGCUGGAAAAGGGGCUUUUCACCCCAGAUCUAGGCCUUCACUGCCUGUCCUUGGGCACCACAACCAUAAGCAUAUUCUGCUGUGAUCUCCUGCCCCAGCAUCUUGGGAGGGGUAUCACGAGAGAUAUUUGGAGCUUUACACCAAAUAAAGUAACAUCACGUGUACAUAGUAUUUUGUACAUAGCAAGUGUAUAUGAGCUAUUUAUAUAAAGCAUCACUGAGCAUGUGGAUGGGGCAUAUUCUCCUACAAGGUCUUUAAUGUGUUUGGGGAUUCAUCGAAACAGGGAAGCCAUGGAAUUGGGGGUUUGGCUUAUUUUAAAAGGGGUUGCCCGUGGAUAAAGCCUCUCUGGGAAGAACUGCAGGACUCUGCUGCUCCUUUAGGAUUUUAUGGAUUUUUGUUAACUUUAUCAAAGCCUCUGAGGGCUGAGCACUCACCUGCUCCAUACAAGUGCCUCCCAAAAGCCACCACUGCCACAUACAAAACUGUCAGACCGGUGCGGGCUCAGCAACACUCCCCCAUGCACGAGUGCUCCUCGUACAGCGCCUGCAGGUGAGAGGCUGGAUGGCUGCACAGACGUCCCACUGCCUCCUCUCACAGCCAGCCCUGACAACCUGGACGUAGCACUUAGAAGACGCACGAACAUCCGCGUUCAUCGUGAAGUGACAGUUAAGACGCAACAGACUGCGUGCUGGUGGCAUAACCAGAAGUGCUGCCCAAAAUGAGAGAUGCAAGUCUGAAACAACGCCAUUUCAUUCCCUUGCAAACUCUCCUCGCAUCUUUCAGACCCAGCUGAUGCUGUCGAUGUUUAUGCUGCACACCUUUUAUAACAAAGGUGGUUUAUUUCUGUAAUAAACUUGUAUAUGAUCAGAAAAUGACUGUGUAAUACAGAUUUAUGUUGCAGUCAAAGUUCUGGUAAAGCUAAAUAAUGCAUUUUAACCUUCAGCAUGUCUUGACUUGAGCAGCAUGGGUGACCCAGACAGCAGCUGGGCAUUGCAAAUGAUGAGGUCUGAACCAAAGACUUGGUUGGGCCUCCUGCAACCCAGGACCCACGCAAGAUGGGAUUUUGUGUAAGUGCUUCCAGUACAAUAAGCAGAUGCAAAGUCUGCCAUGGCACUGCCAGACUGGGACAGGUGACAUGGGACCUGCCGCUGCUCCAGCUGAUCCUUUCCAACCUACAUCAUCUCCUGGGGCUGUGGGGACAUCUCCCACAGCAGCUGUGUUAGUUGAAAAGAUGGACUAACAGCUCAGCUUGAAAGCAUCAUUUUACUUCCUUCACCAAAAAAAAAAAUCUUUCAUGCAAUCCUGGCUUUCAGUGUUGAACAUCUAGAGAGAGUCUCUGCUAAUAAAGCAAGCACCUUUGUUCCUAACAGGCAAUUUAAUUUCAAAACUAAUGUAGGCUUUCUUUAGAGAGAGGGGCUGACCCUUGGAGACAACUGCACUAAACAAUUUACUGAUGUUAAUUAACUGCUUGCUGCAUUAAUAUAAGUUGCACUCAAUCGUUUUCAUCACUGACCUUGCAAUACAAUUAGCUUUUUCAGUGUUGUGAAUACUAAACAGGCUCAUACUGACAAAACCCAGAGCCAGGCUUCUAAUUCUUCUCCAAACAGGCAUCAGCAUGGAAAGGAGAGGGCACUCUUCUGCAAAAGCUGCAUCAUUUCACAAACCCCCACAUAAUAAAGGUGUGCACAAGUGGAGGGAAUAGUACUGACCCACAUAAAGAAUCCAAGGAAUGCAAGAAAAUGAUGUCUGAUUAGCUACACUUCAUGAAAACAGGGAAAUGCUUGUUUGUAGUUAAGCAAUUAACUAAAUUAGUUUUGGGCUGGCCAGCAGUAAUGCAAACCUGUAUAUCAGGGAGGAAACUAGGAGAAGCUGCAUGGGCUGAAGUCUGACCAAAAACUCAGCAGGUUGCUCAGCAAACACCGUGUGGCACGUACAUUGGCUGCAAAAGGGAGAAGGAGCCUGGAGGGUUAUUAACUCCCCCAGCCCGAGCCCAGUGCCUCGUUUCAAGCCUGGAACCGGGUCAGCAGUGGCCGGGCAGGACUGGCAAGCCGCCGCAUGGCUGCACACCGUGGGCGAUAACCGCAGCCCAGAGCCCCUCGGCCAGGCAACGGGGAUGGCUCUAACCCCAGCACGGCUGCGGAGGCAGCUCUGCCACGUGCCUGGGGCACCACCAGCAGUUUAAGGGGUUUGUGGUGGGGGUUAGGCAGGAUUAAGGCUGUUUGCCCCGAGAGCUGAGCAGGGCACAGACACUGCCCUACGCACAGUGUUCUGGGUGCGAGCCUGUCCCAAUACGCAUGGGUCAUAAUAAACACAGCCAGAGCUGAGGGACCCCCGUGCAACCUGGUCCACGUGGCCUUGGGAAGGUGCCUCUGGGCUAAUGCAUGGCCAAAGAACAAGGGUGCUUACAAACUGGGUGCUCACAGCCUCGCCGUCCUGUUCCCCUCUUCCCCAGCUGCCUGCUUGUGCCUGGGGCAAGGGCCACCCUGGCUGAAGCAGAAGGCAGAAGGAGCAGCUUGGUUUUAAGAAGCCAC